UCUUCCUCUGUCUUAUUCGUAAUCCGCAGCACGAAGACAAUGGACGUGAUACGCAAGAUGCGUAUUGCUGACUGGUCGUUCGCGUCGCACUGCUGGUUGGCGUUCGUCAUACGACAACUUCUGAUAGUGUACGCCAACAUUCACGACGAGCUGUUCAGUGUGCCGUACACGGACGUGGAUUACAAAGUAUUCACGGAUGCUGCCAGGCACGUAAUAGAGGGAAGAUCGCCUUUCGAGCGUCAUACCUAUCGCUACUCGCCGUUUCUGGCCUGGCUGUUGACGCCGAAUGUUAUAUUCCACUCGGACUUCGGCAAGUUGCUGUUCUCCGCAGCGGAUAUACAAAUAGCGAUCUUGAUCAGACGCAUUCUCAAACGGCAGCAGUGCAACGCGACUACGAGGGACUUAUGUGCACUCUUAUGGCUCUACAACCCACUGACCUUGGUGAUCUCAACGAGAGGCAACGCGGACUCCUUAACGGUCCUCUUGGUCACUCUCACGUUGGACCUGCUGCAAAGGGGUCGGCUCGUGUCGGCUGGAUUGCUGCACGGAGUGUCAGUACACUUCAGACUGUACCCUAUGAUGUUCAGUUUGCCGAUGUAUUUGUCCCUGUGCAAGGAUAAUCGCUUUUGGCCGAACAGGAGCCAAUGGAAAUUUUCAUUUAACUGCGUGCUGUCGAUCGUUGCGCUGACUGCCAUCAGUUAUCAUCUGUACGGCUUCAAAUUCUUGCAGGAGAGUUUUUUGUAUCACGUAACGCGCAAAGAUACCAGGCACAACUUCUCCGUGUAUUUCUACAUGCUCUAUUUGUCCGCUGAUCAACCGCCCGAUGUGAUCCAGAAGGUUUUCACCUUCUUGCCGCAGUUACUGCUACUGCUGAUCACGUCGUACUAUUAUUCGGAGAGGUCCAAGUUGCCCUUCGCCAUGUUCAUCCAGGCAAUCAUCGCGGUGAUGUACAAUCCGGUGUUGACCUCUCAGUACUUCUUCUGGUUCUUAUCUCUGUUACCAUUGUGUUUGCCGAAUAUCGACAUGAGUAUAGAAAGAUGCGUGGCUCUGACGGGCAUUUGGCUCGCGAAUCAAAUCGAUUGGCUGGUGGCGGCUUACUUGUUGGAAUUCCAAAAUUUCAAUACGUUCAUUUACCUUUGGUUGUCGGGCUUGUCGUUUUUCGGGAUUAACGUGAAAAUCUUGAUAGAUAUCAUUAGUCAUUACAAAGUAGUUAAUUAGUGCACUUGUUUCCAGGUGAGACUUAUUUCAGGUUUCCUUUAAAAUGUUAUCCUUUGUAUAUGCAUUUGUGAGAAAUAAAAAAUGCCUUUGAGAGCGCAA